CAAUACAAAGCGACUAAAAGGUGAAGUUCAACCAAAGCGCCAUGUCUGUGAACGUCAAGGAAGUGUAUUAUUUAAUUUUACAACACGGAACAUCAGUCAAGAUUUAGCCUGGUGGCGGUGUUUAGCCCUACAGGCUGUGCAACUCUUUCUAAAAAACACGCGUCGAGACUAAAGUGACCGGUGACAUGUGAGAUUCGACAGAAACAACGCCAGAAAGAUGGCAUCUGUCGAUGCGGCAGAGAAAGAGGCCAGUGAGGUUCUACACACCCUAUUGGCAGUGGAAAGGAUAGAAAAGCAAGAAGACAAUGGGAAAAAUCAGCCAACAACAACGACAACUUUUCAAACCACAACUGUCACCACAGGAGAUGAUGAAGGAGAAGCCCAAAUACAAUGGCAUACUCCUGUACCCAUCUCUCACUCUUUGUUCUCCACUAUUGAUGGAGCCAGUCACUUCACCCACAAUAUUGACGAUCAGCAGGUAGUGAUUUGGGAGGGCCACGCCAUCGUAGAUACUGACAAUAAUAUCAGCACCAUCUACACUGGCAAUGUUGAGAGCUCUGAACCCAGUGAUGACUCUACAAAAUUUGUUGUUGCUGAAAACAAAACUACUAAUAAAUCCCCUUGCAAAACACCCACUAAAAAAGUGGUCGCAAAGAAAAAAAGAAAAAUAGAACCGACUAUUGCUAAUGAUCCCACAAAGCUUGAAGAAAGUGCUGCUCAAGUAAAGGAACGUUUUAAAAGAGGUUGUGAAUGUCAGGAUGAAAGCUGUUUUAGAGGGUUGAACCCAGAAAGUGUGUAUAAACAUAGGCUUAAUAUUGCAGAACUUACUAAAGGAGAGCAUGACAUGUACUUAAUGGGUGUCACAAUGGCUUGCCUGGCAAAUCCUGAGACGACUGUGAGACACAGAGAGAGGAGAAGACUUAGAGCACAAUAUGUAUACCAAGGUCGGAGAGUUUGCCUUGACGCUUUUUUGUAUUUAGAGAACUGCACGCACUAUCAACUUAAACGGAUAAGGAAACAUGUUAUGACUCAUGGAGUUGCGCCAAGGGUACAUGGAAACCAUGGAAAGAAACCGCAUAAUACGUUUUCCCUGGAUAUAUACAGACAUGCGACAGAGUUUCUCAAACAAUAUUUGGAACAACAUACUGGCGAGAGAAACAUACUAAAUACUAAGCAACCUAUUCAGCUUCCAUGGGAUGUGACAAGAAAAAACUUGCAUGAUGCAUACAAAGAGUAUGGGCAAAUUCUUGAGCCAGGUAUUAAAUUGAUGGGUUACUCAACAUUCAGGCAUUUCAUGAAAGAACAAUUUCCACAUGUGAAAUUUUGCAAGUUUGAUCCUAAGUCGUGUACACAACACGGUAAUAGUACGAAUAACUCAAAUCAGCAGACACAGACUCAGCAACAGCCAGCCCAACAACAGCAACAACAACAGCCACAACAGCAGCGGCAACAGAGUCAACCUCAACAGCAAGCUCAACAAGUUCAGCCAAAUGUCCAACAAACGACAGUCCAAAUACAAGUAGAGCGACCAAGAGAAGCGCAGAUUCAACAAGUUCAAAAGUGCGUGAUAAAUAAUGAGGUUCAACAAGUGAUACCACUGGUUGUAGCUCCAUCUUCCGAUAGUGCUAACAAUCAACAUCACCAACAGGCGUUCCUAGUGACGCCGGUACCUCAGCUGAUUCAAAAUGGAAAUAUUGUGACCACUCAAAAUACUAAUAAUCACACUACACCGAAUACGUUUUCAUAUCAACUUACGAACACGGGUUAUGUGAUCAAUGAACAAGGAAAUAUUGUCACUACUACCAUGGCGAAUGCUCAGCAUCAAUCGUAUACGUUUGGUAGACUAUAAACUUAAACCAGCUAACACACGGCAGCGCAACUUCCUGAAAUUUUGGGCGAUUUUUUAUGAUUUCAAAUCUUGGCGCGCUAGGCGCUACGCGCAAUUGUACAUGGCCAUCAGUGUUGCCGAAACUACCGAUUUUUCGGUAUUUCUACCGAAAUACCGAGAACGACCUCACUUGGGCGGUCGGCCACACGAUUGACGCACGAGGGUUGUUUCGAAAAUAGGGUUCCCACAUUUUUUCAGGCCAAAGGGAUUUUUUAUUUGAGAAAGCAGAAAAUCCAUCGCAGAUGUUGUGACGGCCCCCAUUUUAUUCUUAAAUCUACCGAAUUUCAACGACACUGUCUACCGAUUAAGUCUUUUUCGGUUCGGCAACACUGAUAGUCAUACUCCUAGGCAUCCCAAGGGAAAGUUGCUGUCGGGGUUCUUGGCAUAAUAAUUCGGGUACGCGUAAUGCAAUGCGUGAACAUGGAUCCCUCAUAUCCUUGAGAGUUGCUUUAAUUUUGAAACUGUGUGCAUCGUUGUUUCCCUUCUUUACAUAAAGCCAAAAGACUUUGUAAAACACUCGAGAAUUCUACACAAUAUCGUAUAUAUUAUUUUCUUAUCAAUUGAAACCAGAAGCGAUUCUAAUGUGAUUCUUGUACAUAUGUGAUUAUUGUAAAAUAUUGUAAUUUUUUAGUACACUAGAUGAAGAGAAGACUCAUCAAAAAGACAUUUUUGCAUAUGGGAGGAAGUAUCAUUUUGUAUUCUACUUAUAUUGAUCUAAUUUUGGUAUUGGUAAUUUUUGACACUAUUUAUUGUUUUACAUUUGUUAUUAUUAUUACGCAGCGAAAUAUUUUUCCUUAUUCUUUUUUAGGGAGUUAGUUCUUUAUACAUUGAAUUGUGGACUAUUUAUAUUUUUUACAAAUAAAUUCUGUUUUACGAGAACAAGA